GAUAAAGAUACACUCGCAAAGUUCUCUGGACAACCACUACCAGAGCCUGUCGUGUAUUGACGUCAGAGAUUGUGAAGCAUCUCGCCCUGAGGAUCGAGACAUGAUCCUCUCGGGCAUUUCGGAUUUGGACGCCUUGAACGCAGAGCUCCAGUGGGCCAUUUUUGGCACAAGAGGGCUUCUGAGCAAGUGGGUAGACGGUCCUGGUCGUGCGGCACUGGUCGCCCGUAUUCUGAGACGAAUCGAAGGCCAAGCAGUUUUGAGCGCGGUGUAG